AUGAAGAAGACAUUACUUCUCUGCUUCAUCCACGGCUUCAAGGGGGGUGAGUCGACCUUUGGCGACAACUAUGCCUUCACCGAGCACCUCCGCCAGCUUGUCGCGGCCGACCUCCCCAAGAUAAACGUCAAUGUCGUCGUAUACCCCAAAUAUGAGACUCGAGGAGACUUGGGCGAGUGCGUAGGGCGAUUUCGCGAUUGGCUCAUGAACAAAGUCAUCGACCUCGAAGUCGCCGCCGGCACAUCCUCGCCGACUAUCGACCCUUCAGUCCGCGUCAUCCUAGUCGGCCACUCCAUGGGCGGUAUCGUCGCCGCCGAAACCGCCAUCGAGCUCUCCUCGGACAAGCCCAUCCACGGCAGCACCGACCCGGCCGUCGAGGACCCGAAGCUGGAGCAUCGCACCGCCAACUCUGCGCCGCUCCACCGGCCACCGAGCCCCAACUCGCUCAUGUUCCCUUACAUCCAGGGCGUCCUCGGCUUCGAUACGCCCUACCUGGGCAUCGCGCCCGCCGUCUUCGCCCACGGCGUAGAAGGCCACUAUGCAACGGCUUCGGCGGCGCUGUCGCAACUGAGUAGCUUAACUAGCUUGUUCGGAGCAAAGGGGGUGCAGGCGCAAUCUAAUGUCACGACGCAGCAAAGACAAGUAGCCGCUUUGCCGGCGCCGGAGAAGAAGGAGGAGCAGAAGAGUAAUGGCAGUGCCUGGGGCAAUUGGGGCAAGAUCGCCAUGGUUGCCGGCGCUGCGGCUGCUGCGGCGGCUGGUGGAGCGGCGGCGUAUUACAAUCGAGAUCAGAUUACGCAGAGCGUGAGCUGGGCGACGUCGCAUCUCGAGUUUGUGGGCGUGCUUUAUAGAAGGGAGGAGCUGCGGCGCCGGGUGGCGUACAUGGUACGGCUCAACAAAGACCUUGGAGUUGGAUUCGGGAACUUUUACACCCGGCUGGGACGGGCCGCGGGGUCAAAGGAAGUGAGCAUGGUUGGGACCGUGAUGGGCAAUGAACGGACGUUUUGCGUCCUGCCCAAGAAGGAUCCCGCUGGGGACUGGAGGGAGGCUAUCAACAAUAAGGCUAUGGACGAGGUUUCGGCCCACAUUUCCAUGUUCGACCUGAAGGACAACCCUGGUUAUACGAAGAUGGCACAUGAUGCUAGAGACAUGGUUGUCAAGUGGUUGCAGAACGAUUGGUACGAAAGCAGCAACGGUGGUGUCAUUCGCGCGUGA